GACAGCUGCUCGCCUUAUGUAUAUCAACAUCAAUGUACGAUGUCCGACAAAUUUCCAUUAGUUAGUUAAAUUCUUAAAUGAAUUUUUUUAUAUUUAAUUUUUAUCUUGAUUUAGUUCGAGAAAAAUAAUCAUUCGAUCGUAAACAUGAAUCGGGUGCCUAAUGGAGGUGCUGCUAUGGCACAGGAACCGGAGAAAAGUAAAGAUUGGCAACUUGAAAUACUUAUGGAAAAAUUAAGAUCUAAAGCAGCACAAUACAAGACAUUACCUGAGAUUUCUAAAAGUGUUAGAAUGACUAUGCUGGAUAAAAGAUAUGCUGUAGAUAGUGUCGAAAAAAGUCAACAUCAAAAAUGUUUGGAUACCUUACAAUAUUCGAUGAAAGUUACUUCAUUACAAAGUAUGGUUGAAAGAUUAGAAAGUUUAACUAGACAACUAGGAUUGAAAUUUGUGGUUGGACCAUCAGACGUUCAACUUUUUAUAUCUUCUGAUAUGUUUUAUUUAGAAAUUUUAUUGGACACUUCAGGUAUAGUGCAGGAUGUUAAAGUACAUCAUGAAGGUAAAAAUGAGCAACAAAGCUGUGCAGAAUUAGUUAGCUGUUUAUCAAGAGGAGAUUUCCAAGAUUUCACUGCACAGUUAGAAGGGUUUGCUUCAAUUUACCAGCUAAACGCGGAGAAAAAAGUUAAGAGUAAAGCUUUCACAGCUUUGCAAUCUUUAGAAUCAGAUUUAAGCACUCUAGCUCAACUACAGUCUUUCAUGAAGGAGCCUUUUAAUUUAAUAUAUAAGUCCCCUGUUGGUAUCUUGGAAAAAAGGAAAGGUGGCCAUCCUAUGAAGUUGACUUAUUUUAUUUCACCUUAUGACCUAAUUAACAUUAGCAAGGGAGAAUUAGAACCAAUAAGUGUGGAACUGAUAUCUAGUAAAAACUUGGGGUACAGUGUUUCAGUUUGUAUGGAAGGUUCAGUUGCCCAUAAAUUACAGACAACUACUCUAAUCACUGUUAGUAGAACUAUGAAUGGUAAAAGUACCCCUUCAUUUGCUCCUCUGAGUGGGCAGAACAGUUCUGUUAUUCCGGCAACUUUCGUUCUUAAGUUGAAUAAACCAUUGCCUAUGUGCGUAGCCUUAGCUAGGCAGCUCCAAGUGGUCACAGAGCUUGAGUGGCUUGAUUUUUCUAAUAGGAGACCUCUUUUAGACUUGAUUGUUUGUCAAAGUAGUAAUGGCAAGAUGAGGUCAGAAAAUAAUAGAGGGCUUUUUGUGAACUUGCCAGAUCAGAACCACUGUUAUUUCAUGACGGAUAACAAAAAUGUAGAAGGGAUUCUUGUCAAUAGUAUUCCUUUUACUCAUCCAACUAAGGUAGCUCAGAUUUUGGUACUCUUAAGACAGCAGGCUCUCUUCAAUACUCUCAUCUCAAGUUGUGUCAGACCUAAAAGCCACCAGACGUUCGAGAACGUUUUCAUGUUGGAAAUAACUGCUCUCUCUUGGACACACAUAUCUAUUUCCCUAGAACAUCCGACAGAAGAAAGUAUGGCAACUGCGGAGAUGGACCUGUCAGACAUUUCUAGGUUAACUUGCAAGAUACAUACACCAGGUACUCCACCGCCACCUACAGCUCCAGAUACGGCCUCAGAGUUGGUUUCCCAAGUACUUAACAAAAGCUUCUCUAUUCCCGUGAUGAUACGGGCCAUCAUCAAAUUCUGGGAGAGGCAAUCCCUUGUUAGGAGGAACCACUUUGGACUCGGAAACAAUGGACAUGAAAAUUUUAGUUUACCCCUCGACUCCUGCGACCCAGGAGGUGGUAGUGGUCCCAAAGGAGGCGUAGGAGGACCUGGGGGUAGUAAUCUUCCGGAAUUCGAAGGCUUGGACGGUGGUGGCGGUAACAGAGUGAAACAGGAGCUUUGUCACACCCAGACCUCCAAUGUGAUGCAAAGAGAGAUGUUCUUGAACGAAAGUAUCAUGUCUAAUCCGAAUUUUCAGAAUUUCCCGUCUUCUGAGGGGGUGCUUGAACUGCUGGGAGCCCCAGGUAACGAAAAGAAUACCAAAAGAGGACAGAAGCGAUCCAGGAGUGGUGAGGAUUCCUGGAGGUCCAAGAGCCGGAAGACGGGAGAAGAAGAUGUUCUAUUAGAGAGCUCUAACAGCAGUGAUUCAACCUCAGGGAGUACAUUUCUUUCCCAUCAGGAUGCCACAGACUUGGCGAAUUCAAAUUCAGCCUCCUUGGGAUUUCAAUCUGAUUUAGAAUUGUCUGCUAUGGACUCUUCUGAAUUAGGAGGUAUGGAUAAGAAUGUGGAUUCAGACCGUGACGAUAUGGAGGAAGAAAUGAAUGAGAAAGUUAGACAGAAUUCUGAAGUCAAGUCUCCUAUGGAUAUGUUAUCCGAUUUAAAUGACAAAAACUUAGUACCUUCCAAUGUAAGCAUUACGCCAAUAACAAACACUGCCAGCCCCUCUUAUAUUCAAGGUGGUAUUUCUGAGAGACGUGCGUCUGUUGAACUAUCAUCUAUGAGUCCUUCUCCUUCAUCCUUAAUACCGAGCACAAUAACAAUCACUCCACUUCCCCAAAAGUCUUCAUCAGAAGAUAAAUAUAAAGAAAGAAAAAGUAGCAAAAGUAAAUCGGACGAUAAGAGUCGAAUGGAAAAAAAAAGAAAACGAAAAAGGGAUGAAAGUCCCAUGGGACCUCCAGAGAAGAUUCCGCACAAGCAGGAUCCACUUUCGAAGCCUGUUUCAGUCAGUAUUAAGCCAUCGGAGUCUCCUCCUCCUUCCCUUAGCACCCCUUCGUCUCCGGGGAUCUUGAAGUAUUCUGCAUCACCUACUCACAGAAGUAUUAGUGGAAAAUUGAGUCCUAGUUUGGCGAAACAAAGUCUGAAGGGUCAUCACAGUCCGAAACACAGUCCCGCUCAUAUUCCAAGUAGUCCAAAACAUAGUUUAGGAAUCUCCAGUCCCAAAAACCAUGGUGCCUCACCUAAACAUCCGUCAGCUAGUGGUUCUGGAAAACCCAGCAUGUCGACCUUGAAAAGUGCCACAAACUCGCCAAACAGUAAAUCCGAAUCAAAAACAAAAUCCGGUCCAAAAGAAUCGUCGAGAGAUAAGGACAAAAAACAAUCGUCGACUUUUCAGUCCACUAGCAGUAGUUCCAAAAACAAAUCGUCUUCGAAAAUCAAACCGACAGAUUCGAAUUUUAAUUCAGACAUGAUAACAUCUGCGGAGAAUCAGAUAUCUCCAGGGGCCGUUUCUGAUUCUAGUAGUAACCUAAACCAGGCAAGAAGAAAAGGUACGUUGUCAGCCAUAGUGGAUAAGUUGAAAUCUGCACAGCAUUGUGAGACAGGUACAGAUCUCUCAGGAAAGAUGAAUAACAGAAUAGAAAGGGACAGAAGUACAAGUAGUAGUCAAGUUUCUAAAUCCGGGGAUUCCAAAAGUACAACGACUAAAUCAGGAGAUCCGAAGAAUUCGGAAUAUAUGGUUAAGCCUAGUUCGGACGGUAUAAAGUUGACUAUUAACAAGACCCGUACCAAAGAUGCAGUCAAGAGUACUGGCACCAAAACUGGUCCUCCCAAAGUUCAUACAGGAUUGAAACCAGGCGUUAACAGUGGUCCUGCAUCCAAGAAGCCUCAGCAGCAGCAGCUACAGAAUCAUAAAACAACAUCCUCGCUUUCCACAUCUUCCAUGCCUACCUCUUCCAAAAACUCGCCUAAACUAACCCUCUCCAGUCCAAAAUCUUCCUCGAUAACUUCUUCCAUGUCUUCCAGCAACAAAUCAUCAAAAGCCAGUGCUAGCGGUCAAACUAAAGACAGGGUAUCGAAAUUGGGCAAGAGCAGUUCGGAAAAGUCGGUGUUUUCUUCCAAGGAGAGGGGAAAAUCAAGUCCCACCCCAAAAGAUGAGCCUGAUACGGCUUUCAAGUACAAUUCUUCUCUGAAGAUGGAAGGUUUGGUGAAGCAGCUGGAUAAAAAUUUUCAGAUUCCGAAGCUUUCCGCUAGGAUGGGGUCGACUCAGAUGGAUGACAAGAAAUCUUGUUCCAAGGAAAACCCUAACAACCUAAGUCGCAGUCCGUCAGAUUCGAAAAUUUAUGAUCUCAUGCCAAAAGGUGACUCCAAGUAUCCACUGGCCAUUCCAAAUAACAAGAUUCUGGAAUCGAUGGAAAGCAAAAUGAGGAACAGUAUUACACAGAACCCAUCCAUGAUGAACAGGAAGGACGAGGAGGACGAAAAUGGCCGAAGGGACCCUCUUGCAAUUUCCUACCCCAUUUCAAACUCAGUUUCCAAUAAGACUUAUGGAACCGGAUGAUGGAAGCGCAACUUUCUUCCCAGGCUCUUCAUCUGUAGAAAAUUGUGCCUUUUCUAUGGGUUUCACAUACCAAAAAAUGCAAAAUUACAAGACGAUUAAAGGGGGCUCAAAAACUGUUUAAAGAUGCUGUGUGCAUAUCUGUGGAUGGCUAUAGAUGCUUUGUUGCAGUUUUUAUUCGACUGUAAAACAAGACUUACCAAGUGAUUUAUGUAAAUAAUUUACAGGGUUCCAAGAUACCUGCCAAUCUGUACUUUCGCUCUAUUCUUUUAUAUGUUUACUGAUACUGUCUUUUCCUUCUGCUGAAAGUAGAAAACGUUUUCGAUUUUUAGUCUCGUCCACGGACCAACCUCUAAGUCUUUCGAUGAAAUCUGCAAUGGAUUUGGCUAAAUUCGUCGCACCUGAUACUCCACGAGACAAGAGGGAGACUAAGAAAGUAGGCAACAUGACAGACUGCGAUAUGUUGUUGGAUUUCAGCAAAGGGAGUGACGGUAGUAAAACAACUACAGCUCCCUAUCCUUCAUCGCCUUCUGUCAGUGUGCACAUAGUUAAAUCUCCUGCUCCCCACCCCAGUCCAAGAGCAAUCUCUCCACGAUUGGUAGAUGACGAGUUGGGGGAUGAGACAUAUGUGGGUUUGGGGAAAUAAUGCAUUGAUUGUGCCACUUUUUAGGUUAAUCAUGCGAUCUGUAUAUUAUCAAAUCAAAUUUGUAUAUAAUAUGAUUGACUUAAAUAGUUUAAUGAAUAAAAAUAUUGAUUAUUUAUUCAA